CGUGGGGAUUAUACCUCCCGGUUGCGUGUGACCUUCGCGGCCGUUUCCUCCGUUUGCAGCGGGAACAUCCCGACCCGACCCCACCGACCCGCGUCGCUAUGCUGGCGCUGCGCUGCGGCUCCCGCCUGCUCCGCCUGCGCCCGGUCCCGCGCUCCUCGCCGCUGCGCCUCCUGGCGGCCCGCACCUGCAGCGGCGGCGGCGCCCGCGACCCCUCCGCCGCCGCCGGGAACCCGCUGGUGUACCUGGACGUGGGCGCCGACGGGCAGCCGCUCGGCCGCGUGGUGCUGGAGCUGAAGGCAGAUGUCGUCCCAAAGACAGCAGAGAACUUCCGGGCCCUGUGUACCGGGGAGAAGGGCUUCGGCUACAAGGGCUGCACGUUUCACAGAGUGAUUCCGUCCUUCAUGUGCCAGGCUGGCGACUUCACCAACCACAACGGCACAGGGGGCAAGUCCAUCUACGGAAGCCGCUUUCCCGAUGAGAACUUCACUCUGAAGCACGUGGGGCCAGGUGUCCUGUCCAUGGCAAACGCAGGCCCCAACACCAACGGCUCCCAGUUCUUCAUCUGCACCAUCAAGACCGACUGGCUGGAUGGCAAACAUGUUGUGUUCGGCCACGUCAAAGAGGGCAUGGAUGUGGUGAAGAAAAUAGAAUCCUAUGGCUCCAAGAGCGGGAAGACGUCCAAGAAGAUUGUCAUCACGGACUGCGGCCAGUUGAGCUAACCCUGUGGCCGUGCUGGGCCUGCAGCAGCUGCACCUGGGUGCUAAUGCACCAGGUGGCUGCCUCUGGCUCCGGUGGAGGCCCCGCACAUGGCGUGCUUGCUCCAUCGCCAUGUGCUUGGAGGAGGAGGCAUCUCGGACGUCUGAGCUCCCUGGGCCCCCAGGCUGCUUCCUCAGUGCCCGCCCUUCAGGACCCUGUCUGGGCCCCCGUUGUGGACAUCAUGUCACUACUCAUCACUUGACUAGCCCAAGUACACGUGUGCCUUGGACACUGGGGUGGUGGUGAUGGGUUCUGAUUUCUGCCUUUUCCUUGACCAAGGGGGAAAGCCAGAUGCAAAAAAAGGCUGUGAAUGUCUGUAAUGAUACCUUCCUAACAGGAAUAAUUUAGUUAACACGACUACUUGGAGAUGAAGCUGUGACACUAACUACUCCAUGCUGUGAGGUGGCCUCUGGAACGCAGGCAGGGCUUCUCAGAAGGGUCUCAUGGCCCAGGCCUGGCCCAGCCCCUGUGAGUCCUGGCGGCCUGCUGCUGUUCCUGAGGAGAGUCUGUGGGGCGGAAGCAGAUGAACCUGGGAACCAGGCCAUUGCGAGCUGAGCCUAGCCGAUGUGAACCCCUGGGUGCAAACUAGAAACGGCCCACGAGUGCUGUGGGCUCUGGGAGAAAGUGUAUUUCCUGGUGGGCUUUGGUUUGUCUAUUUAAUAAUUUAAUCAGUAAUUUGAUUCUACUGAUUAUGUGUAUAGUAGACUUCAGGGACAUAUAUUUGUGUUCUCCUUAAAUGUGAAAAAUAAACCCUAUUUUCUAUAAAGA